AGCGACGCUGAUGGAGCUCAGUUUGAGAGGGGCUCCAGGCCUCUCUCCGUCCGUCCGCCCGGUGUUGCUGUCCGUGCCCGCCCGUCACGGUCCUGUCACCACAUGAAAAUCCAACCCAACUGACGGAAAACUUUCAAGUAAAGGAUCCGUUGCUGAGAAUGCGAUGUCUGUGAUUAGCGAUUACGACCCCCAGUUUGUCGCCGUGGUCUAGCAGCUGUCUGGCCAGGCGAAGUUUUAUUUGUGUUUUUAACAUUUAUUUUCUUUUAUCCAGGUUUUGAAAUGGCGUAGCUCGCAAAGAUAUGUUUCGUAACGGAGGCAGACCAUGGCUGCAUGAUUUGGAGUAGAGUGUGUUGAAUCAAGGUUGUGUUAGAGCGAUCGUUUAGUGUAACCUGCAGCUGCUCAUCCAUCGCUCUCUUCACAUGCUCAUGCGUGAUGAGGGUUGACUGACGCAUGGGAGAGAGAGAGAGGAGCGCAUUCGCCGCGACGAAUUACGAGAGGUUUUUCUUUCAAUUUCUAUUAAAAGAGUGUUUAACUUCAGUAGUCUACUGUUGCGAUCUCAGAACGAUUCUUCUUAAACCUCGUCCUCAGCGACUUUGGGCUGCCCGUGCGAUUGUCUCAGAAAGGUUACUGCCCUGGGGAAGUAGUUGGAGUUGCAUUGUGGACGGGUAUGAGAAGUUAGUUCGGUAUCUGAGUUGAACACCUAUGAAAUCCCGAACUUGCAGUGUGUAACAGCAGUACUGACGCUUUGCUGCAUGGUGGCCGGCGGACAUGUCUAGGUGAAGCUAUACUACUGUGAAUUCAUACAUCAGUCCGUGUCGUUUUGAAGGGAUACGACAGCUCCACGGCACGUGCGUCUGCUUCCUGGCUAGUAUACAAUCGCUGGUGGCUUUAGAAAAGCCAUCGCUCUCUUUGGGAGGUGAUGGAAACAAGAGCGGCAUCACUUUUGUAGUUUGCUCGUUGUGAAGGAACUGUGUAGGAGCCUCUCCACUUUCUAUGCUAAGAGCCCCCGGAACUCUCCUCAGCCUUUUACCUGUAGAAACCGCAAUGUUCCGAGGCUAUACGUGUGAGCUUGUGUUCUGAAUUCUUUGCUUCUCUUAGUGAGGUUCUUUUGCUGAGUUAUUUUGUAGCGGGAAUGCGUAAGUUAUGUUUGUAGCAAACCAGGAUAGGGCAGGACUGUAAACCUUCCCCAGUUUUGAGCGAGUGUAAGCAUGUUUUUUGCUAGAAACAUUUUGCUACGGAGCCUGUUGUCAAUUUGAUCAGUUUGCUGGCCGGAAUGAAGAAGGUCCGUUUCUUGAAAGAGAAAAGUAGGAAGGACACGAUCGUGUUCUUGGAAAUGCGGAACCGUUUUGUGCUUGCCAUAUCCCUUUUGGCAUUUCUUACCUUGGUGCGAUACUGUCGUUUCGCGAAUUCGCUGAGGGGUAUUGCUCCUCCCAUUCAUGAAUCCUUGCAAGUGGACUCGCCCCUUCUCUCGCGGGCUGCGAAAGCCCAAAACUUAGUGCACGACAGGUAUGGCUCUGUCAUUAGGCAAGCCGGAACUGAUACUAUCAUCUUAGAUGAGCAUGAAGCAAAUUUUGGUGGAAGCCUUGAUGGGGUCAGAGGUAAGCACAAGGACGGCAGGGGUGGGAUCGAGGCUUUGUGCAAAAAUAGAUACGUGCAUGUUCUGGACGUUCCAAAAGAAUUCAACGAACAAUUGCUACAGGAAUGUCACACACUGAAGGAUUGGAGUGACAUGUGCGUGGCGCUCUCCAACGCCGGCCUCGGUCCAGCCAUGGUCGAUGAAGAUGCGUUCACCAGCUCGGGCUGGUAUGAAACCAACCAGUUUGCUUUAGAGGUGAUUUUCCACAACAGGAUGAGACAGUAUGAUUGCCUGACAGUCGACCCAAGCAUGGCUUCGGCGAUUUACGUCCCUUUCUACCCAGGUUUAGAAGCCUCUCGCACACUCUGGAGCAGCGACAUAAAAGCCCGAGAUACUAUUCCUCUCAAGUUCGUGGAGUGGCUGCAAAAGCAGCCAGAGUGGGCAGCACAUGGCGGAAUCGAUCAUUUCAUGGUCGGCGGAAGGAUCACAUGGGAUUUCAGAAGGCAGGGGAAUUCUUGGGGCAACAAGCUGCUAACUCUUCCGCCUAUGCAAAACAUGACUACUUUGGUGAUAGAGGCAAGCACAUGGAACACAAAUGACAUGGGCAUUCCAUACCCCACCUAUUUCCACCCGUCCUGCGACUCGGAGAUUCGAGCAUGGCAGCAAAAGGUGAGGUCCUUCCAGAGAAACGUUUUGUUUUCGUUCGCUGGAGGCAAGAGAGACAACAUGGCCAGGUUGAUUCGAGGACAAGUGAUCGAUCAAUGCGGGCGAUCGCCGUUGUGUAAGUUGCUGAGCUGCGACAGGGGAGCCUGCCAGUCACCGCAGCCUGUGAUGAAGCUUUUCAAGGAGUCGCAGUUCUGUCUGCAGCCUCAAGGCGACUCUGCUACUCGCAGAUCUAUCUUCGACUCCAUGUUGGCUGGCUGCAUUCCGGUGUUCUUUCACCCAGAGUCGUAUUCUGGCUACGUUUGGCAUUUACCCAAAAAUCAGUCCGAAUACUCCAUCUUCAUCUCUGAAGAUCAGAUCCGCAAAGGAGUUUUAACCGUUGAGAAUGUGCUGCGCGGUGUGGAAACUGAGACGAUUCAACGAAUGCGAGAGCGAAUUAUUGGGCUUAUUCCUAACUUGGUAUAUGCUGAUCCUCGUAUGUCAAUCCUAGAAGAGUCGACUGACGCUUUCGGGAUAACGAUAAAGGGAGUACUGGAGACGAUAUCCCAGAAGAAAUGGGCCACGGCACAGCAGUUCUAAGAUCGACCCAGCGGCAGCUCAAGAUCGUGUGUUCCAGACAACAGAGCGUGAGUAUUCAGGGGCUGCGUGAGCAGAAACUCAAAAAAUGUGUAUAAUGAUAGCAUUGAUCUCACAACCUGAGUUGCACGAAGCGGCAGUUGUGUCCUAUUCUGGACUCUAUCUAAGGAGUUAGCACUGCACCAUUGUUGCUGAGCCCACAGCUGGAAAAGCUCUUUAGAUGUUUCAAGCUACAAUCUGAGAAUCUUGACGUCCUACUGAAACAAACUUUAUUCCAGGAAACUCAAGAAAAAUCACCACCUUCCGGCGUCGCACACAUCGUGUCUUCCUGAAUAAGACUCGCAUUUAUGCUAAAGCGCCCUCGCAUGCACUUGACAUCGAGAAAUUGCGUCCUGGAGCUCUAGAGUCACAGGAUCGCUAUGUUAGAAAGGGGUUAGAACAAAGUAACCAACCCGCUUAUAUGGCGAGAAUCUGUGGAGAAUAUUCCCUGUUCAGGGAUCGCGCCGUUUCAAGCAGCACCACCUGUGGCAGUAUAAAACCUGUCAGAAUUUAUCAUUAAAAUCAUUAAAUACAGAGAUUAUUAUUCAUUGAACUAUAUCUUGUUAUAAUAAGGAUUCUAAUACGCUAAUGCUGUAGAGAUCUCUAGGUACUGCUGCGAUCGUUGCACGCAACCGCAGAUCCAAAGUACCGAGUCCGCUGAUACGUAAGGCGAGUUGAGACCCACCCAGCAUGCUGAGAAUGGACGGGCCGGAGCGACGAAGGUGGACGAACGUCUUCGUCGGUUGCUUCUCGUAGGUCUGGAGCCAACUUCGUCCUGGUAUGGAUUGGAGAAGAGUCUCGGGUAUCAAGCCUAUCAAGGGUAUAGACGGUAUCGAGGGUAUCAUAUGGUAUAUCGGGUGCUGAGGGUAUCAGGAGGGUAUCGAAAGGAUUUAGAGAGGGUAUUAAAGGGUCUUGAUUUGGUGGAUAUCCUCAUAACUACUUAAAUUAAGAAUAACUACUUUAAUUUUUUCAUGAAUUUUUCGAAUAAUUUUCAAAAAAUCAGUUAUGCCUUAUUU